CGUACUGAUUUAUAUUGACUCUGGACUCCCGGAGAUGAAGCAGAAUGCACGCGAAAGACGACGAUGAUGAGACAUGGCAUCCUUCCUCACAGUCCGACGGUUCAAAUCCCUUCUUGGCUCCCCUUCGACGAUCCUAGGGCCACCGUUCCCGGCUGUGAUGGGAACUUCGAUGAGACCGCGGGCGCUGCGUUGCGAAGGGAGGCGGAGGCGGAGGAGGAGGAGGAGGAGGAGGAGGGCCACGCGGUAGCGAUGCUGUCUUCGGGGGACGUGAUCUACGCGUCGGACGAUUUCCGGAUGUACGAAUUCAAGGUGCGGCGGUGUGGCCGCGGGCGCAACCACGACUGGACCGAGUGCCCCUUCGCGCACCCCGGGGAGAAGGCGCGCCGCCGCGACCCCCGGGUGCACCGCUACUCCGGCGUCGGGUGCCCGGCAUUCCGUAAGGGUGCCGGCGGGUGUGAGCGAGGCGACUCCUGCGAGUUCGCCCACGGGGUGUUCGAGUGCUGGCUCCAUCCGGAUCGUUAUCGGACCCAACCCUGCAAGGACGGUCCCGCUUGCCGCCGCCGCGUAUGCUUCUUCGCCCACACGCCGGAGCAGCUCCGCGUGCCUCCGUCACCGAAGCAGAGGAGCUCGCCCUCUUUUUCAAAGUCGUCACCGACGUCUAUUCUGAGUACUUAUCCGCUGAUGUCCUCGCCGAGGGAGUCGCCGCCAAUUUCGCCGAACAAAGAGGAGUUGCAUAGGAUGUGGUGGCAAUCAGGCGCGCCGGUGAACGCGAUCGUGGCGUCGAUGGGGCAGUUGCAGCUCAGUGGGAGGAAGUCGACAGCGAGAUCUUGUAAUUUUCACGGUGGGUUUGCCUCGCCACGGGCGAACGAUCUUUCCUGCUUCGGUAAUGCUGGCUUUAACAGCUCGCCUUCCACUCUGGCUGCUGCCGCGACUGGGUGGACGUCGAACGAUGAAGCGGCGGCGGAGAGGGUGGAGUCCGGUAGGGCGCUGAGAGCAAAGAUGUUGGAGAGGCUGAGCAAAGAUGGAGUAGGUUCUGAGAAGGCGGAGGCUACGCCGGACGUUGAUUGGAUCUCCGAUCUGUUGAAGUAAUAUCUAAUGAAGGAGAUUUGAAGAACUAAGACAGUUGGCAAGUUAAUGUAAUUAUCUCGAUUUUUAAUUCUUUGGAUGAUAAUUAAGUUUAAGUUACAAAAAUAUUAUUUAUGAAAGGCUUGAGAUUUAAGAGAAGGUUGUAUAA